GAGGCAGAAGAGCUCAUGAAGGUGAAGUUGAGUGGGAAGAUAGGUCAUUCUGCAGACAUCAUUUUAAUAGACCAUAGCCUUGUUGUUACAGCACUAGGUGAGACGGUCAUCAGGUUCUGGGAUUUGGACCGAGACGAGAACUAUAUGCUCUCCCCAGAUACGCAAUUUGGCUUUGAGGGAGGAGAAUGUAUUAACUGUGUUUCUUACUGCAGUGCUAAAGGUCUCUUAGCAGCUGGUACUAACAAAGGGAGAAUAGCUAUGUGGAGGAAAGCAGCAGGAUCCAAUCAGAGCAUACGGGCUUUGGAAGGCAAGGAGAAGUGGAAGCUCCAGGCACCUACGGAACUUGAAGGAAAUGUCACUCAGAUAAAGUGGGGGUCCCGAAAAAACCUGCUGGCAGUGAACAACAUCAGCUCUGUGGUGAUCCUCAGUGAGCAGGCCAUGUCGUCUCAUUUUCAUCAGGAAGUAGCUGUUGUACAGGUGUCUCCAAACCUGUUUAAUGUGACCUUCUUCAGCACAGGAACUACACACAGUCUUCGUGUUGAUAUGAAUAUUAAUGGAGUCUUCGCUACUAAGGAUGCUAUAGUAUUCUGGAAUGGGAAGCAAGUUACUGUCUUUGAGCGCUCAGGAGUUACCUUCAGAAGUGCAGGUUCUUUUCUUUGUGACUCUCCAGUUCUGUCUGUGCAUGGAGAAAAUCUGCACACAGUUGAGACGUAUCAGGUCCAGAUCCGCACUUGGCAGGGCACAGUUAAACAGCUCCUGGUGUUCUCUGAAGCAGAGGGGAAGCCAUGCCUCUUGGAUGUGUGCGGAAAUUUCCUGGCUGUGGGAACUGAUUUGGCUCACUUUAAAAUCUUUGAUCUCUCUCGCAGAGAGGCGAAAGUGCACUGCAAUAGCAAGAAUUUCUCUGAGCUGUUUCCUGGCCUUGGAGGCAUUGCAUCUGUCAAGUGCAAUGCUAAUGGCAAUAAAGUCAGCAUCCUUGUUAGCAAGGCAGAUGGGAAGAUUGAUUCCAAGAUCUGUUUCUAUGAUGUUGAAAUGGACAAAGUUACACUCUUUGAUUUCAAGGCUGAACAGGGAAAUGGUAGAGAGAAGCUUUCUUCUGGACACAGCAUUGACAGGUCUGUUGUGGAGUAUCCAGAAUUGCACAGUCACAUCCCUGCUUGCCAUUUCUGGGACCAGAAUGAACCAAGACUUUUUGUAUGUGAAGCAAUUCUUGAAACAGGCCUACAAUCUCCAGACCAAAAGAAAAAACAGACCGAGAACACAGUAUGAUGGAUGUUUGGGUUAUAUCAUUCUUCAGUACUGAAGAGCAUGGCCUUUUGCUUCAGGACAGCUUUCCAUUGCCUUCAUCCUACCAGGUUCUUCUGGGCAUAGAGGUGCCAUAUUAUUACUUUGCAAAAAA